UAUUUAGAAGCAUGAGCCAUCUGUCUGUCUUCGUCGUGGCGAGGGAGACGCCCGCACAUAACUCCAAAGCACUCACGUUACUGAAUGCAGCAAAGAAGCUAAUUGAAACGACCAACCUGUGUGAGUUCGACGACACAAACGAAGAAGGUCACAACAGCUCACCUUCUGCUGCUCAAAUUUGACCUCCUCGUGGAGAAGUUCACCGUUUAGGAUACUUCUUGAACACCAGCAUAUUCCCGACCUGAACGCUUAAAAAAAAAAAGAAAAACGCCACAAUAUCCACCUGACCGACACUUAUCCUGCUGUUUUCAUUAUCUGUGAAAAUAAUUAUUAUAUUAAUUAUACUCCAGCCGCAGCUAGUACUUUUGUCUCCCUCUUUCCAGUGGGCUUCCAUUCUCUCAUGAUGCGGACAGACCACAAAGGCCGAAGUGCCUCUCCUCACAGGAUUUCAUAUGAGUCUGACUUCCAUGCCAUUAAAUGCUCAUUUGACAGCGGCACCGGGGCUCAAGCACGGCUCCAUGAGAGCCUCUUCUCGGUGUUCUUCAUUGCACCAGGCAAGCCUACCAAACAGCCUCUCAGAUCCCCUCAUGUCCCUCCGAGCAUUGGCCGAGGGAGAACCCACAGCACCAGAGGGACUAAAAUUAGGGACAACAUCUUCCUCCAAAUGGACAGCCAUCAGUUGAGACAAAACUGUGGCUCAGUGCAUUGUAGUGGUAGUGCAGCGCCCCUCCUUCCUCUUCACAAUCCCAACCUGCAGCUCCAAAUGUCACCGUUUUCCGCUGCCAGACAUUUGGUCACGGGCUCCGUUCAAAGCACCGUCGCCAGCAUUUCAACGCCUGAAACCUUCUUACAAGAUAAACCAGACAGAUCAGAGGAGAUAAAGGAUAUAGACAGGGCUGCUUUAGCGCAAAAGUUCUCUGUGACCAGGAAGUUGUUUGAGACUAAAGUGACAGGGGCUGCCAGUCGAGGGCAGGUGUCAAAAUGUCCUCUGAGCAAAGACGAAAAGGACUGCUUCGAUGACUACAAAUGCACAAAAGAACCGCUCAUAAAUAUGUCCUUUCCAAAGACCUCUUUAACAACAAACCUUAAUUCUCUUAUGUCAGAUGUCCUCAGUGGGGAAUCAACUAAAUCUCCCUCUAGCGCAGAGGAGCAUAGGCACUCCCCAGCAGGCGAAUGGGAGGAAGAAAAGGAGCCCGAAAGAGCCGCUCUUGACUCUAGGUUGACCGCUGAGGAGCCACUCAGGGCACAGCUCGUCCAUGUGAAAUCAUCAGAGAGUGAUGAAAGCGAGGGGAAGGAUAAAGAAUGGGUUGUAUGUAAGGCAGAGGAUUUUAUGGGCGACACUGUACAUGUUGAAGACCUGGUGGAUGAUGUUUUUGAAGAUCCCAGUGUGGAAACGCUACAUCCUUACUUGGUGGAACUAAACGCAAGAGACUGUAGAUCCAUAACAGACAAGUAUGAGCAGGUGAAUGAACAAUUCUGGGAGGAGCCGAGCCAACGUACUGACGAGCCGAGAGAGAAGCACUACGACAUGGGUGAAGUUUUGCCAGAAAAUUCAGAAAAAGAGGAUUUUAACAAGACUUGCAGACAAAUUGCAGUGGAAAAAGAAGCUUGUGUGACACCUGAGAUGCAGGAAUGUGCCAAUACAGAGCCACAGGAAGAGGAGAGGAGAGAAGAAAGGAGCGAGGGAAUAGUUGACAUAAACAGAAGCAAAGAGGCGCUUCAUUGCGGGAUUGUGAACAAAUGUUUAAAGGAGGAGUCCUGUGUGGAGCAUACAAUAUCUCAAGGACAAGUUCUGGAAAACUCUCUGCACACGGGAAACCGGCUUUCAUUGGAAUAUGAAGAAAUUCCCGGCAUUCCUAAACUGUCUGACGAGGAGGAUGAUGAUGCUGCAGAAGACCUAAAGAGAAAGGUCCGCUUCUCCUCGGCACCAAUCAAGGUGUAUAGCACCUACUGUAACUCAGAGUACGACAGAUGCAAUGAAGAUAUUGACCCAGUUUCUGCCUCGGCCGAGUAUGAACUGGAGAAGAGAGUGGACAGGAUGGAUGUUUUUGAAGUGGAGAUUGAAAAGGGAGAUGAUGGGCUGGGCAUCAGUAUCAUCGGAAUGGGGGUCGGAGCGGACCAGGGCCUGGAGAAACUAGGAAUCUUUGUCAAGACAGUCACUGAAGGUGGAGCAACACAUCAGGAUGGAAGGAUUCGGGUGAAUGACCAGAUAGUGGAGGUGGAUGGCUUGAGUUUGGUUGGAGUCUCUCAGCUGUUUGCAGCAACAGUGCUCAAGAAUACAUCAGGCCUGGUCAAGUUUCUGAUUGGCCGAGACAAGGAGGGGGUGGAGAGUGAGGUGGCGCGCUUAGUCAACGAAAGCCUGGAAAUGGAGAAAGCGUCCCAAAAGAGUGCAAGGACAAGUGGGGAAUUCGAAACUGAUGUUAGCAUGUCAGAGGCUAUGUCAGUACCCGAGGAUGAAGAUGAAGAGGACGAAAUGUCUGUACUUUCUUGUCUGGAUAACGACCAACUGUGCCUCAAAUACGAGAAGCUUCAAUCCAAACUGCAAAGAAGAACAGCCCAGCUUCAAAGUGCUAGAGAGAAGUUGAAGGCAUAUGAGGAGGAGCGGGCAAGCUGGGAGAGCCAGAAGGCACAGCUGGAACAAAAAGUGGAGGAUGGAGAAGAGAAAGCUGACAAGCUGGAGAAGUAUUGGCAAGAGGCCCAGACACUGUGCAGGGUGGUGAGCCAACGACUGGCUGAUGCCCAGAGCCAAUCAGACAGCCUGGAAAUCAAGUAUGGCAAGGCCAAGAGACUGGUCAGAGAGUACCAGAGCAGUUUUUUCAGAGAGGAGGUGGCAGACAGCAGGGAAGCAGAAUUGUGUCAAGAAAUGGAAGAGAGAGACAAAAAGCACAGGGAGACCAUUGAAAGGCUUCAACUUCAGCUGGAGAGAGAAGAACCAGCAACAACAGGGAAGUCUGUCUCUGUGGACCCACCAGUGCCAGAUCCAGAAUGGUACAUUACCGUUCCUGACACAGAACGACUGGACUGCAGUGCGCACACAGCUCGAAGUCAGCUGGCCCAGAAUUUCAAACGUCAUCCACCUUCACGAGACAAACUCAGGGAGAGCCUUAGAAAAGAGCAGGAAGAAGGUCAAAAGCCACAGGAGAGCCAAUCACAGUCCGAAGGGGUUGUACAGAGGAGCGGCGAAGUUGAACUUUCCAAUUCUUCCUCUUUCUCAGUCGAAAGCCCUGCCACAGCAUCUGUCUUCACACCCCCACUCUACAUCGCUGACAGCACCACCAUCAUCACCCCGCCAAUCAAAUCCUCCACAUCCAGGAAAUCCAAAAGAAAAAUGCCUGACUUCAGUGGCCUUCGUAAGUCUCUAAGCAAGAGGAAGAGUGAAAAACUGCAGAGAAGGUCCAUGAACAGCAGGGCGUCUUGCGGUGACCUGGUGGACGAGCCGGCUGAAGUUUCUCCAUCAGGCUCUGUGACCUCCAUGCCCUCGUGCUUGCCCUUCACCUGGUUUGGAGAGCGAGGGAGGGAGAAAGAGGUGGUGGGGGAGAGGGCAAAAGGGAACAGGGAGAAGCUGCGGUCUGUAUCCAGCAGCAGUUUGCCUUACAUGACCACCUCUGGGAGAAGAGAUCAGAGUGUUGGCUCUCGAAUGGAUAGCUUCAGCAUGGGGGGUCACGGCUCUAAUCACUCUCUCUCUGGACACUCACACACUUUGACCUUUUCAUCCACGGAGACCUUGGACGACAACCCUAUGCCGGCCAAUAACAACAACCAAUGGCAAAGUCAACCUGUGUUGGAGUGGAGCAGCCAUCAGGUGUGUCUGUGGUUGCUGGCCAUGAACAUGGAGCAAUACAUGUGCGACUUUUCAGCCAGAGGUGUAGACGGGGCACAGCUGCUCAACAUGGACACCGACAAACUCAAGGUCAUGGGCGUGUGUCAAAGUGACCGUGCAUCUCUAAAGAAGAAGCUGAAGGAGAUGAAGAAACGAGAGGAAAAAGAAGAGCGGGGAAGGGAGAAAAGGCACAAGGAGUCAUCCAAGCGAAAAGAGAAGAAUUUUGAGAGUAAUGGUGUGGUGAUAGAGAACACAUCUGCAGUGGAGUCACGACAUAGUGGAAGAAUUGCCAGAACUGAGUCACUCCUCUAGAAGAACUUGUCGGUAGAACUUUAAAUUUCCACCAGCAUGUUUGCAUCAGCACACUCACAAAAGGAUGACCUUGGUUACCAUUUCCCUCAGAAUUUUAUUUAUAUUAUGAUGGGACAACAAAUGUGUCACAUUUUCAGCACUUGUGUAAUUAUGUUUUUAUACUUGAUCUUUAAAUUAUGUAUGAUUUUACAUGUCAUGUUUUAAUAAAUAAUGCUUUCAAUCCACA